AUGACAGCCACCAACAUGGUCACGUUCAGCGACAUCCAAGAAGCACAUGCGCGCGUCUCGCCGUACACACACUACACCCCCGUGCUCACCAACCAGGCGAUCGACUCGCUGGCAACCGAAGCCCUCUUCGGCACCUCAGACCACGCCUCGACAUCGUCUACUCCGCGCGUGCGUCUCGCCUUCAAAGCAGAACACCUCCAGCGUGUCGGAGCGUUCAAAUACCGCGGCGCAACAAACUCGGUCCUCGUCCACCUCGCAGCGGCCAAAGCCGAACACGAUGCCUCCCCCACCUUCCGCGGCGCCUUCAGCCCAGACAAGCUCGUCGUCGUCACGCAUUCGAGCGGCAACCAUGCGGCAGCUCUCGCCUGUGCUGCAAAGACGGCGGGGUGCAUCGCUGCGGUGGUGAUGCCGGAGAAUGCGCCCAAGCCGAAGAAGGAGGCAGUCGCAGGGUACGGUGCGCGCAUCACGUUCUGCAAGCCCACGCUCGAGGCGAGGGAGUCGACGGCCAAAGCGGUGAUGGAAGAGUACGAGGACAAGGGUUAUACGGUGCGCUUUGUGCAUCCGUACGACGAGCCGCUGGUCAUUGCAGGACAGGGGACGAUGGCGCUCGAGCUGCUCGAUCAGGUCCCACAGCUUGAGGUGCGCGCUGCUUGUUCUCACGCCGCGGAAGCCUCUGCUCCGUCAAAGAGACCACUGCAUGGGUCGAAGAACGUCGCGCCCGAAGGACCCAAGGCAGAAGCAGCAUGGCAUCGUAGAGACGCGUCUGAGCCGGUGCUCGACAUUGUCAUCGCGCCCGUCGGAGGCGGAGGCAUGCUCUCUGGCGUCUCGACCGCAGUCAAAGGCGCCGACAGCUGCAUCGUCGUCCUCGGCGCCGAACCGGACCUCGUCAAUGACGCCUUCCACUCGUACCAGACCGGUUCCGUGCAGCUCCCACCCCAGCCGCCAAAGACUAUCUGCGACGGCCUGCUCACAUCUCUCUCACCCUUAACACUCGAGCAUAUCCACAAGAAUGUCGAUGGCAUCGUCACAGCGCGGGAAGAAAACGUGCUCAAAGCGCUACAGCUGCACUGGACGCGACAGAAGCAGUUCGUCGAGCCCAGCGCCGCUGUAGGCCUGGCCACGGUGCUGCAAGGCUUCAACGAGGCGGCGCAGCAGAGCGGCCAUGCUACAACAGACGCAUCCGACCGCUCGCGAUGGGGUCUCAAGGAAUGGGCACACCACAUUGUCCAGCAAAAGACCCAAGCCGGAAUCCAAGACCCCGACAUUCGCAUCGGCAUCAUCUGGAGCGGUGGCAACGUAGAGGUCGCCAAAGUCGUGGCCAAGUUCGAAGAGUAUGGUUUGUAA